AUGUCAGAUGGUAAUCAAGAAGAUAAAAGCGAAGAUAAAUCAAAUGAUAUUGUUACUGUCGAUACGACUGAAACUAGCAGUGAUAUGAAGACAAAUGCUCAGAUGGCUCUAAUGAUUUUGAAACACCAAUAUGAACGAGCUCUUGAACUUCAGGAAAAAGUCUGGAAAAUAAAUUUCUAUACAGCCUUAUUAUGUAUUAUGGGUAUAGUUGUUGGGGUUGUUCUUUUAGUUUUAAAAGUACGUCUUACGGAUUUAAAUUCAGUUGUAAGCAUUUCCGUGUCUCUUGGUAGUUCUCUCAUUUCCGGAGGUGGUGCAAUUGCAGCUUUUAGAUCAUUUAUUAGCUCCGCUUCCAAUUACGGUACAGGAUCUGUUAUUGAGAAAGAGAUUAAAGGUCCUGAUUUCGAUAAUCUUGCAGAACCUGCUGCUCUAAUUGUGGAAUCCGGAGUAAUGGAUGAAGUGUAUAAAAAUAUUAAUAAUUUAAGAUCAAAUAAUAACGAAAAUACAAAAUUGGAAGCGGCUCAAACUGUUUAUGCGUUUAUUGGUUGUUUGGCUCUUUUUGCUAUUGCGGGGUAUGAUUUUUUUAAUUUUGUUACUGGACAUUCUAAUGAAAUUUAUGUGGAAAUUGUUCUUAUUAUUCUUGGUUUCAUUGGUCUUUUAUACUACAAACAUUGUGAACUAAAGGAGAUUCGUUUUUCACGUGUAGAAGAAGAAAGAAUUUUAUAUCAUCUUAAAGGUUUAAAGUAUGAUACUAAAAUUCAUGAAACGGAUACUAAAAAAAUUAAUGAAACGGAUGAUACUAAAAUUCAUAAAACGGAUAAUAAUACUGUCAGUUAA